AUGCACGUCAUCCACAACGAACUAUCUGGUGGUGUUUACUCUGUCGCCAAUUUGUUGGCUGAAAAGCAGAGAACCUUGUCUUCGAACGAACUUGCAGCGAAAUAUGGACGUGAAAUGAUCGAAAGAUUGGGAGUGGCUUUAGCCUUCCAACAGAAGCUAGCCCUAACCCAGCAAACAGUGUUUCCGAUGAUAUUCCCUGAUCAGUACGCGCAGUUGUUCUCAACAACGAAUCUAGAUCUUGAAGCUGCAUCGAGAAGCCUUGCUGUUGCUCCUGUGCCAUUGUUUUGGGAACGUGAUUUGGAACAGGGUACACUUAGUCUGAUGGCCUUCCCUCGGACGGCUUGCGAAACGCGGGGUGAAGUUAGUGACAAAAAUAAGCUAGAUGAAUUGCUAGAAGGGCCAUCACCUUCUGUUGAAAGAGUUUUCUCGUGCAUCAAAUGUGCCAAGAUCUACUCAACAAAUACCGCGCUUGAGCAACAUCGGGCUACUCACACCAUGGAUAAGCACUUUGAAUGCAAACAAUGUGGAAAGACCUUCAAGAGAUCGUCCACGCUGUCGACCCAUCUCCUUAUUCACUCUGACACUCGCCCUUAUCCAUGCCAAUACUGCGGAAAACGGUUUCAUCAGAAAAGCGACAUGAAGAAGCACACUUACAUUCACACAGGCGAGAAGCCGCACAAGUGCACAGUAUGUGGAAAAGCGUUCAGUCAGUCGUCGAAUCUCAUUACUCACACGAGGAAGCACACAGGAUUUAAGCCCUUCGCUUGUGAUGUGUGCGGACGAACUUUCCAACGAAAAGUGGAUCGAAGGCGCCACAGAGAAACACAUCACCCUGGUCAGCUCGAAGAAAUAGAUGGGGGGUCGAAUAUUUUUGAACUAUCUUCAUUCGUGUCACUUCCACAGGACUUCAAGCACAGCACUCCAGAGGAAACGUUAAGAGCAUUCAGGUACUUUCAACAACAACUUAUUCAAGUAUCAACAGUAAUGAAAAAGAGAUGUGCACUAUUUCCACAAUUUCCACAUCUGAUGUGCUAUAUUUUCACAAUUUUAGCAUCUUUUUUAUAA